CAAAGACAAGCAAGGCUCGCUCGAUCUCUCUCUCUCUCUUGGGUAACCUCAAUUCAUAGCUCGCGAGUCGUGACGCAUGUAACAAUCGCCGCACAUUCGCAGCACUGCAAUCCGUUGAUCCACUCUAAACAUCAUCUACCAAUUCACCAAUCGAAAUCAGUGUUAUUUAACUCCCAGGAAAAUAGCUCUGCUUUUUGGUCUCUGAACCGACUCCAUUUAAGGUAUUUCAGUUUCAAUUGGAGAAGAGACUUAAUUUGACGUAUCAGAUAGGGUCAUCGCGUGUCUGGGAAUGAAUCUCGGAUUGUUUUCAGUUGCUUUUUGCAAAUGUAUGAGGAAGGCAUUAUGGAUUUGGGCAUGUUAGGGUUUUUGAAGCGUAGAGACGAGUUCCAGGCUUUUGCACAAAUCAUGGCCCUACGGAAGUAUGUCCCAGCUGGUGAUGCACCUUCUCUUAGUAUGGCACCAUUGAAUUUUUCAAAUAGUGUGCAUGAGAAGGCUCAAUAUGCAGAGGCAGAACCAGCUGCAUGUCCUCCUGUGGAAGCUGAUGUAGAUAUUGACCUCAGAGAAGUUUACUUUCUGAUAAUGCAUUUUCUAUCUGCUGGGCCAUGCCAUAGAACUUACGGACAGUUUUGGAAUGAGCUCCUGGAACAUCAACUUCUACCUAGAAGAUAUCAUGCUUGGUAUUCAAGAAGUAGUACACGCAGUGGGGAUGAAAAUGAUGAUGGGCAGUCCUUCCCCUUGAGCUACAAUAAAUUGGUAGAGAGGUAUCCUCACGUUGAAAAGGAUCAUUUGGUAAAGCUUCUAAAGCAACUGAUACUGAAUACAGCCCCUCCAUUGCAUGGUAUGAUUGGGGGAAACACACCAAACGCAGCUGAUGUUCCAACACUCUUAGGAUCUGGUUCCUUCUCACUACUGGAAUCUGAUAGGAAUAAAGAUAAGCAAAUCUACCACCUGCCUAGCUACUUGCGUUGGCCGCACAUGCAGGCUGAUCAGGUGCGUGGUCUAAGUUUGAGGGAAAUUGGAGGUGGUUUCACAAAACACCAUCGUGCUCCAUCCAUUCGUGCAGCAUGUUAUGCCAUUGCUAAACCAUCAACUAUGGUGCAAAAGAUGCAAAAUAUAAAGAAGCUAAGGGGACACCGGGAUGCUGUCUAUUGUGCCACAUUCGAUCGCACUGGGAGAUAUGUGAUUACAGGUUCAGAUGAUCGCCUUGUGAAAAUCUGGUCGAUGGAAACUGCAUUUUGUUUGGCCAGCUGCCGUGGGCAUGAAGGGGACAUAACGGACUUGGCUGUCAGUUCAAACAAUGCUUUGGUGGCAUCCUCAUCAAAUGAUUUUGUCAUUCGAGUUUGGCGUUUGCCAGAUGGGCUUCCAAUUUCGGUUUUGCGGGGGCAUACUGGAGCUGUUACCGCCAUUGCAUUCAGUCCUAGGCCUAGCUCCGUUUACCAGCUUUUAUCGUCAUCAGAUGAUGGUACAUGUCGGAUAUGGGAUGCCAGAAACUCUAACUUCAGCCCACGAGUUUACGUUCCAAGGCCUAUGGAAGUCACAGCAGGAAAGAGCAAUGGUCCCUCUUCAAGUACUGGCCCUCAGAACCAUCAAAUACUUUGUUGUGCAUUCAAUGCUAAUGGAACCGUUUUUGUAACUGGAAGCUCGGACACUUUAGCCCGGGUGUGGAAUGCUUGUAAAUCUUACACUGAAGACUCAGAUCAACCAAAUCAUGAGAUGGAUGUGCUAUCUGGCCAUGAAAACGAUGUGAACUACGUGCAAUUCAGUGGUUGCGCUGUGCCAUCAAGAUCUUCUACAAUUGAUGCUUUGAAGGAGGAGAACAUUCCGAAGUUUAAGAAUUCCUGGUUUACUCAUGACAAUAUAGUCACCUGUUCUCGUGAUGGAAGUGCUAUCAUCUGGAUUCCAAGAUCACGUAGAUCUCAUGGAAAAGUUGGACGCUGGACACGGGCAUAUCACCUGAAGGUUCCACCCCCACCAAUGCCUCCUCAGCCUCCUCGUGGAGGCCCACGUCAGAGAUUCCUUCCAACUCCUCGUGGUGUUAACAUGAUUGUCUGGAGCCUGGAUAAUCGUUUUGUGCUAGCUGCCAUCAUGGAUUGCAGAAUAUGUGUUUGGAAUGCUGCUGAUGGUAGCCUGGUCCAUUCUUUGACUGGUCAUACUGAAUCCACCUAUGUUUUGGAUGUUCAUCCUUUCAACCCCCGGAUGGCUAUGAGUGCUGGUUAUGAUGGGAAAACCAUAGUGUGGGAUAUAUGGGAGGGGAUACCCAUUCGCAUAUAUGAAACUGGACGCUUCAAGUUGGUAGAUGGGAAAUUUUCUCCGGAUGGGACGUCAAUUGUACUUUCAGAUGAUGUUGGGCAAAUUUACAUAUUAAACACCGGCCAAGGGGAGUCCCAAAAGGAUGCCAAAUAUGAUCAGUUCUUCCUUGGGGAUUAUCGUCCCCUUAUCCAAGACACCCAUGGGAAUGUUCUUGAUCAGGAGACUCAACUUGCUCCUUAUCGGAGGAAUAUGCAGGAUCUCCUCUGCGAUUCAAGCAUAAUUCCUUAUCCGGAACCUUAUCAGAGUAUGUACCAGCAACGGCGAUUAGGUGCUUUUGGUUUGGAGUGGCGUCCUCCUUCUGUAAAAUAUGCUGUCGGAGCAGAUAUCAAUCUUGGACUCCACAAUUACCAAAUGCUGCCAUUAGCAGACUUGGACAGAAUGAUUGAUCCAUUACCAGAGUUCAUAGAUGCAAUGGAUUGGGAACCAGAAAAUGAAGUCCAAAGUGAUGAUGCUGAUUCAGAAUACAAUGUAGCAGAGGAAUAUUCAAGUGAAGGGGAGCAGGGAAGCUUAGGUACCAGCCCUUCGAGUGAUCCAGAGUGCAGUGGAGAAGACAGUGAGGUUGAGCACAGCCACAAAGACAGCCUUCGCAGAUCAAAAAGAAAGAAACACAAAGAAGUUGAAUUUAUGACUUCUUCUGGGAGGCGUGUCAAGAGGAGGAAUUUGGAUGAGCGAGAUGGUACUCUAUCUAGGACUAACAGAGCUAAGAAAUCAAGAAAUGGCCAGAAAGCUUCAAGGUGGAAAUCCUCUACUUCAAAAUCAUCACGUCCCCGUAGAGUUGCUGCACGGAAUGCUCUUAAUUUGUUUUCUCGAAUCACUGGAGCUUCCAGUGAUGGAGAAGAUGAAGAUCGUUCAGACAGUGAUUCAUCAGAAAGUAAAUCAAUGAACAGCCAGAGCUAUGAAUCUGACAAAUCCACGCAGAACGGACAGCAAAAACAUCCUAGAGAGCAAGAACCAUUUUUUCAUGAGAGUGAAGAUGUGUGCGAACCUCCUGAAGUUCCUGAAUCUGUUAAGCAUACAGGAAACAGAAAGAGGUUAGUCCUGAAAAUAUCAAAGAAGCCUCCAGUGGAUACAAGAUCUGAUAUUGAAAAACUGGUUGGUUUAGUGGGUUCAUCAUCCAAAUAUCCUCCGGAAACUAUUAAAGCAUAUUUAGGCUCUGAAGAUCCAAGUUCUUCUUCUGGCCAUGCAAUUGACACUGUACUCGGAAGUAAAAUUAGAGUGAAAACACUAUCUGAAAGGACUGAGGACCAUUUGGACUUGCCUGCAGGGUAUAAGGAUAACAAAAUUAAAUGGGGUGAGGUCAAGGCACGCACAUCCAAGCGUUUGAGAUUAGGCAUGCCAACUGAUGCUCCUGGAUCUGUUGUGAGUCAUGAUGGCCAAUCUGAGCUUCGUGAAUACAGAGAUUAUAAUGACACGGUAAUAGAAGAUAAAAUUGAAUCUUUGGACUUGUGCCUUAAGAAUGGAACCAAUCACUCUGAGGAAGCAAAAGAGAAAAAGCCUCCACUCAGUUCUACCAAGUUAAGGAUAAGAACGAAAAGGAGUGUGAGGGAACCUGAAAGUCCUCACAAGCAAAAUCAUGCUACCGGGACUGAGGAUUGGAGAAGUUCUGCAUGUGAUUUUAUGUCCAAAAAUCCUUCUCCCAUGGAACUGAACCUAAUUUCAGGAGUGCCUGGUGAGGAUGAAGGUGCUAAUGAACUCAACCCAGAUCAUGAUUUGGAUGGGUUAGGGAAAUCAGAGGUUUUAAUUGAUAAAGGCUUUCAAUCAUCUGUUUUACAAGACUCGAAGGGGUUGCAUUCAGAUUCGAACAAUAAGAUGUGCCAUGUUGUUUAUAAGAGAUCAAAGUCAUAUAAGGCUAGACUUGAUUCAGAAGGUGAUGGUGGUGGUAUGGGAGAAAGUUCUUCUAAUGCAAGCAACCGUAAUCUUGACCGAAGGAUGGACUUCCCAGCAGAUACAUCUGAUGGGGCCCGUAGAACAAGAUCCAUGGGGAUGAAUGCAACCGUUGGGGAAAAUAAUACUCUGAACCAUAAUGUCAGAGCAAGGGAAGGAUAUGGGUCAGCAGAAACAUCAAAAAGUGCAGACAAGUUUGCCAGGAACACGCAUGAGCAGCUCCUAUGUGAAGAGUGGAGAUCACAUUCAAAAAUGCCUGUUGGUUUAAGGUCUGCUAGGAACAGGAGAGGCAGCCAUUACGAUGGUGACAUAAAUCGUCUAGGUAAGAGGAAGUCACAUCAUUCAGUGGGGAAACUCUCUUGGUUAAUGUUAACAGAGCAUGAAGAGGGCUAUCGAUACAUUCCUCAGUUGGGCGAUGAAGUCAUAUACUUGAGACAGGGCCAUCAAGAAUAUAUUGAAAUGUAUCAUUCAUUAGAAGCAGUUCCGUGGAAAUCAAUCAAGGGAAAUGUGAGAGCAGUGGAACUUUGUAAAGUUAAUGAACUUGAUUAUUCCACCCGUCCGGGAUCUGGGGAGAGCUGCUGUAAAAUCACACUCAAAUUCAUAGAUUCAACUUCGAGUGUUUUUGGUAGAACAUUCAAGUUGACGCUGCCUGAACUGAAUGAUUUCCCAGACUUUAUUGUUGAAAGAACGCGGUAUGAUGCUGCAAUCAAGAGAAACUGGACACAUAGGGAUAAGUGUCAGGUUUAUUGGAGAGACGAGAAUGAAGAAGGUGGGAGUUGGUGGGAAGGUCGGGUUCUGGCUGUAAAACCCAAGUCUUCGGAGUUUCCAGACAGUCCAUGGGAAAGAUGUGUUGUUUCAUACAAGGGUGAUCCUAUCGGCCAGCAUCUACAUUGCCCUUGGGAACUGCACGAUCCUGAUAUCCAAUGGGAACACCCACAUAUUGAUGAUGAGACCAGAGAAAAACUGUUGACUUCUUUCAUUAAGUUAGAGCAAUCAGCUUGUAGAAAAGAGGACUAUUAUGGGAUUCAAAAAUUGGAACAGGUUGGCCAGAAGUCAGAUUAUUUAAACAGGUUUCCAGUUCCGCUGUCUUUGGAAGUGGUCCAGGAAAGGUUGCAGAACAACUAUUAUCGUAGCUUGGAGGCUAUGAGGCAUGAUAUUUUAGUGAUGCUGUCCAAUGCUGAAUCCUACUUUGGGAAAAAUAUAGAGCUUUUGACCAAGGUGAGGCGGCUAAGAGACUGGUUCUCACGGAAGCUGCCAUCGUUGUAGGUUUUCUCCAGACAGUUUUGUAGAAGAUUCAAAAGUCUGGGAGGAGGUUUGAAUGAACCCUCUCUGGUUUCAUUUGUAUAUAUCUCUUUUUUGUUGUUAUUUAUUGAAGGUUUUUUCACCCAUUGAUCCAA